AUGGCGCAAGAUGAGAAUGAUCGGAGUCCCCUGAUGUUCAACAUCACGGUCACGCUGCUGGCGGUUUCCAGCGUCACGGUGGCCUUGAGAUGCUAUGUGCGACUCUACGUUAUCAAGUCGUUCCGGUGGGAGGACUGGAUGGCUCUGGUGACCAUGGCAUUCUUCGCGUGUUACUGCACCUGUGUCUUCCUAAGCAUCAAACACGGCGCCGGGAAACACCUCUCGGAUGUCCCACCGGAAGACAUCCCCGAGGCCCUGAAGGCCCGCUGGUUCGGCGAGAUCGCCUACAUCCUGACCUCGGUCUUCCUCAAGCUCACCGUGAGCCUGUUCCUGCUGCGCAUCUGCUCGCGGCGGUGGCAGAGCGCGGCGAUCUGGGCCGUGCUGGCCGUCGUGCUGGCCUUCAACAUCUUCUACUUCCUCAUCGCCCUGCUACAGUGCCGGCCCAUCGGCUACUUCUGGCUGCGCGUGCUGCCGACCACGCCCCGCGGCACCUGCGUCAGCGAGGAGGUCGCCACCGGCUCGACGUACGCCGCCUCGGCCGUCAACGCCUUCGCCGACUGGGUCCUGGGCCUGCUCCCCGUGGCCCUCGUGUGGAACCUGGAGCUGAGCCGGCGGAGCAAGAUCAGCAUCGCUGCCAUCUUGGGGCUGGGCGUCAUUGCUUCAUCAGCGACCCUCAUCCGCAUCCCCUACGUCUGGCAGCUCACCCACGACGCCGACUUCCUGUACGUCUUCACCGACUUCCUCAUCUGGAGCACCGUGGAGAACGGGCUGGGCCUGAUCGCCUCGUCCAUCGCGACGCUGCGGCCGCUCUUCCGGAAGCCCGUCGACCCCACGCGCGGGCACUACCGGAGCACCACCAUCCGCGCGUCCCCGCGGCGCCAGUCCUCGAGGCUGUCGGUCCGGUCCACGGCGUUCCACUGCCGCGGUCUGUCGGAUCAGGGCGACGUCGAGAUGGCUGAGACCGGCGGCCAGUACGGUGUUGGUCGUGCAAGGAUCACGAUGGCGCCACAGGCGCAUGUCAGAGAGAAGAGGACGGAGCGGGCCACCUACGACCAUAACAGUGGGUGGAGCUGGGAUUCCGCGGGGCCGGGCUGGGAGGACUCGAUACACGAGUGGAGGAACUCGUCGAAAUCGCAGCUGAUGUCGGGCAGCAAGAGGUCGACGUUGUAG